AGCAAAGUGGAGAGGAGGAGAAAGAGGAGGAGAGAGAACGGCAGAGAGGGAGUCACACAGGAGCUGCACGCAGCACUGGGAUGCUGCUGCAGCUUUGAGAACAAGGGCUGCAUGGGAAGAUUUGUCAUUGGCAGCACAGAUGGGAGUGUGGAAGGGGAAUACAAAUGACCUGGAUGUCAGAUUGUCAUCAUCAGAGAGGAACAGAUAUGUGAUAAGGGACUCUCGGACAGCGUAGAGAUGUACGCCUUCUACUCCCUUUUAGUCUACAUCUUCUACACUGUCUUCAAGAAGGAGGAGGAGGAAGCCUUGGAGGGGGCGUGUGGAUCUUCCUCAGACGAGCCAAGACCUGUUUCCAUGGAAACAGGGAGCAGGAGGAGAGAUGGCCACACCUCCAAAAUGGGAAAAAAGGCUUGUGUUCAGCUUAGUGAAUCCAGCAGUAGCAGUGACAGUGAUGAAAUGUCCCAGAGUGACGAAGGUGAGGAAGAUGGCCCUGACAUCCCAGCAUGCACCCCUCUGGCUGCUUUCCUGUCUUUCAAGCAGGAGGCUGAGAAGAGGAGGGCCUCACAGGUCCAGCUGGAAACAACCGGAAAGUUGACAGAGUCUCCCCUGGUGGCGGUGAUGUCCCACUUGCUGAGUUUUCUGGAGCAGUACUCCCACUUCCAGCAGCUGCAGCAGCAGGCCGACCAGUACCGGGUCCAGCUGAAGAGGCACCGCGUCCAGCACCGCCGCCAGAUGAAGGCCCUGCGAGCAUCCUACCGCCAGCGCCUCAGGGACAAGAACAGCAUCAUCAGCAGCCUGGAGGAGGCCAUCAGCCAGCAACAGACCCCCAGUCCACUGAGCGAGGGUGAGUCCAGCAGUGAUGCAGGGGCACAAGCCGGGAUUCACCAUCUGGUUGAGUCUCUGUACGGUCUGCAGGGUGAGAGGAGUAAGCUGAGGGGAGAGCUCCGUCUGCUACACUCACAGCUGGAGCAGAAGGACAAGGACAGACACUCACGUAUACAGGCCUUUCAACAGCAGAUCGAUGAGCUGAAGAGUUGCAUAGAGGAGCGCGAGGAGGAGCUGUCAAGAUUGAGAACAGCCACUGGGGCCACAGACUCAGAGAAGCGGGUUCUGUGUCUGUCAGCAGAGAACGAGAGUCUGAAGCAGAACCUGAGCGUUACACAAGGCCUCCUGCAGCAGCUGUCAGCCAUCCCCUCCCAGUCCAGCACCAUGCUCAUCAAGGAGAAUGAAAACCUCCGCAGCAGAGUGCAGCAGUUGGAGAUGUCCCUACAACAUCGUGCUGAGCAGCUGUCUCAGCUGGAGCGACAGAGCGAACAAAGCGAGUGGAGGAGGGGAGAGGAGCUGAGGAAACGAGAGGACCGGGUGAGGGAGCUGCAGCUGGAGCUGGACAAAGAGAGAGGCAAGGAGCCAGUGGUGAAGUAUGUCACCCAGACGGUGGAGGUGGAAUCACCGGCCACAUUAAAGCAGCUGACCAAAGCCAGGCAGAGGAAUGAACUGCUGUCUGACAAGCUGUCCAAUCAGAAUGAGCGGUGCAAACAGCUGGAGGAACACAUCAGGAAGUCCGAUGAACACAGCUGUAAUCUGCAGCACAAGAUUGCAGCGUAUGAGCGAGAAAUCAGUACACUGAGAGAGGAGCUGCUGAAAGAGAUCGGCCACUUGGAGGAGAGGAAGGAAGAGGCUGUGAAGGCUGCAGCCACCUGCUCGGCCGAGCACUUUCAGAGCCUGCAGGACCAAUUCUUCUGCUUGCAGAAGCGUCUGACAGCACUCCCUCCAACUUUACGCUCCAUGAAGACAGACUACGCCAGUCUGAGGAGCCAAGUUCGUAACUUCUCAGACUUUUAUAGUGCAGCAAUCAGUGAUGCAAAAAAACAGAUUUCAGCAGCUAUCACCGAGAUGUCUGAAGCCAACAAAGAUCUCCUGGAGAAAUAUAGGAAGGAGGUCGCACUGCGCAGGAAGUACCACGAGCAGCUGGUGGAGCUUAAAGGCAACAUCCGCGUGCUGUGUCGUGUGAAGCCUGUGCUGAAGGAGGACCAGCGUGAGGAGGGCCAGUCUGUGGUGGUGACAACGGACCCCAACAACGAGUCCUCGCUCAACGUGCUGAACAAAGGAAAGGGUCGCAUCUUUGAACUGGACAAGGUCUUCCACCCUCAGGCCACACAGGAAGAGGUCUUUCAGGAAAUUGAGCCUCUUGUGACGUCCUGCAUCGAUGGCUACCAUGUCUGCAUAUUUGCAUAUGGACAGACUGGCUCUGGAAAAACAUACACCAUGGAGGGCAGUGUGGAAAACCCAGGCAUCAACCAACGAGCCCUGAAACAUCUCUUCAGUGAGAUCGAGGAAAGGAAGGACAUGUGGUCUUACACAGUCACCGUCAGCUCUGUGGAGAUCUACAACGAGGUGCUAAGAGACCUGCUGAGUAAGGACGGAGAGAAACUGGACAUUAAGAUUAACCCGGACGGAACAGGACAGCUGCAUGUGCCGGGCCUCAGGGUCAUCGAAGUUAAGAGCUUUCAGCACAUCAAGAAGAUUUUAGCUACAGCCCGAAGGAAUAGGAUCACCUUUGGCACUCAGAUGAACCAGCACAGCUCCCGCUCCCAUGCUCUGCUCUGCAUCACUGUUCAGGGCACUGACCUCGCCACCGGAUCCAAAACCACCGGCAAGUUGAACCUGGUGGACCUGGCCGGCUCAGAGAGGGUAUGGAAAUCUGGUGCAGAGGGAGAGAGGCUGAAAGAGGCCCAGAAUAUCAACCGCUCCCUGCUGUCACUGGGGGAUGUAAUUCAGGCACUGAGAGCUCGGCAGACUCAUAUCCCUUUCAGGAACUCCCGCCUUACAUACUUAUUACAAGACUCCCUGGGCAAAGGCAGCAAGACUGUCAUGGUGGUGCAGGUGUCUGCGCUGGAGAGUAACGUGGGAGAGACUUUGUGCUCACUGAAGUUUGCCCAGAGGGUGUGCAAGGUAGAGCUGGGUCCUGCAGCCAGGAAGAUUGAAUCUGGAGGUGGACAGUGCGACUGAAUCAGCCACCUCCUGUUCCCAGUGACUACCAGGAAGCCAUGAAUGCACCAGUCAGAUUAUAAACCCACCCUACCAACCAAUCAUAACGCUACAAUAUCAAUAAGAAUCAACAGCAAUCCUGCUCAAGGGCUAAAUCUGUGGAGGUCUGUGUGGCACCUGAAUACCAGCCUUUGACUGGAGGUUAGGUAUUGAGGCCUCCUCUUUGCCAUUUUCUGCUUCUGACAAGUAACAACCCUUUAUUAUGAGCUAAUCUGCAUGCAGGAGUAUUUAUUCUUUCACUCUGAGUGCCAAAACAACCUGUGACUCCACCACAGUCCACCACCAUCUGAUGCUUCCUCAAAUUACAAUAUCUCCUUUUAUCAAAUACCAAAAUCCAGGAUUUAUCGUAUCAGCUUUUCUUGCUGAUCUUUGCAGGAUUUAAAACAGCAUCAUGUUCAAAGCAGUUUCAGAGCCACAUUAUCAACACCUCCAUUUUUGCAGUAUUAAUCAUGUUGCUAUAAAUGUCUGUAGUUUGUGAGCUUCAUCUCCAACGUUGUAUAUUUUUAAAGAUUGUAGUGUGUAGGAGGAUGUUUUGUAGUUGAAGUAUGGGCUAUUAACCAUUUCAAUGGCACUUAACGUCACAUAGUGUAGUUUUUGUGGAUUUCAGAAGAGCAGUGAUUGAAUGCUUUGUUUCUCUUUAGUCUUGAUUAUUUGCCUUUUGAGGACAGAGGAAAGCUGAAGGGAGCAGGUGGCCUUUUAUCAAGAGUGGUAAUAAAAUGAACUGUGCAAUAUCCUCCUCACUGAGGAGACAGUGUGGGCCUAGGUAGACAGAACAUGCACUUUAUUGUGAACGAAUAGGAGCAUUUCAGUUCAGAACAGGUAUUUAGGUGCUCGCAAUAGAUAUCACCAGUGAAUGUCAUACCAAAAACAGUUUAUUGUUAUCUGUCUGUCAUUGUUCCUCUAUUUAUCACCCAUUGGAUCAACAUGAUUCAAUAGUAGCAAGACAUUAAUGUUGAAGUAACUAUCAUGAAUUUUCAGAUCAUUUUCUGAAUAAAUAUGAUGUAUUUAAAAAGCGUCUUUUUAUCUUUGGAUGCUCAGCGACUAAACAAUUAAAAAAUAAUCACGCCAUAUAAAUGCAAUACUAUCCCUUCAACAUCUCUGGAUUAAUGAGGUCGUUUUGGGGCAAUUUGGCAAACUUCUUUAUGGAAAUAUAUUUCCAUUUUAAAUUACUUUAUUUUGAAUUAAGUAUUUUAUGAUUUUUUUUAGUAUAAGCUUGACACAGUAAUUUUCCACAAAAUGUGCCAUAUUGCAAUAUAUAUUAAUAUCAAGGUACAGAGUCACAUACACUGAUCAGCCACGACAUUAAAACCACUGACAGGUGCAGUGAAUAACAUUGAUCAUCUUAUUACAAUUCAAUGUUCUGCUGGGAAACUUUGGGCCCUGGCAUUCAUGUGGAUGCCACAUGGCAUGCACCACACACCCAAACACCGUUACAGACCAAGUACUCGUCAUUAUGGCAACGGCAGUCCCCGAUGGCCAUGGCCCACCAGCAGGACAAUGCAUCAUGCCACACCACAAAAUAUGCUCAGGAAUGGCCCGAGGAAUGUCAUAAAGAGCUCAAGGUGUCAGCCUGGCCUCAAAAUUCUCCAGAUCCUAAUCUUGUGCUGGGACCCAACUUUAUCCACUGCCAGACGCUCCAGGACACGCCCCAGAGGUCCUGUGUUCAUGUCUCAACAGAUGAGAGCCAUAUCUGAUCCAAGGAGGCCCCACUGUGGAUUAAGGGUACCUCUUGGGUACCAAGCCGUCCCACAGCUUCUCAAUCAGAUUGGGAUCUGGGGAAAUUCGAGGCCAGGUUGGCUGCUUGAGCACUAAAUAUCCAUGAGAGGGUGUC